AUGAAAUUUGUGAAGAAGCACCAAUUAAAACUAAAACAAAGCUAUACAGAGAAAUUCAGACCAGCAGAUCUGCAAUGGAAGAUCAGGAAAAAUGAGACCAACACUUCAUUCAAUGCUGAAUCAGAGACAGAUGAGAUCCGGAUUGUCCUGAUCGGAAAGACAGGGGUUGGAAAAAGUGCAACAGGAAACACCAUCCUGGGAAAGGAAGUCUUCGAAUCCAAUAGUUCAGCUUCAUCUGUUACCGAAGACUGUGAAAAGAAAUCUAAUAUUAUUAAUGGGAGAAAAAUCUCAAUUAUUGACACACCUGGCCUUUUUGACACAAGAAAAGAUGAAGAAAGUAAACAAAAGGUAAUGAAAGAAAUCAAGAUGUGUAUAUCUUAUUCUGCUCCAGGUCCACAUGCCUUCCUAGUUGUUAUUAAAUUGGAAAGAUUCACAGAAGAAAAUGAAAAAACAAUAGAAUUUAUUGAAAGAUUAUUUGGUAAAGAUGCAAUACCUUAUACCAUGGCACUGUUCACUCAUGGAAAUCAACUUAAAGGGAAGGAUAUUGAAACAUUUGUGAGCGAAAAUUCAGAACUACCGAAUUUUGUCAGAAAAUGUGGGGAGCGCUGCUUUGUGAUUGACAAUGACAAACAGGAUAGAGCACAGGUUAUGCAGCUGCUAGACAAAAUUGAUGAAAUGGUUAGUAUUAAUGGUGGACAAUACUACACUAAUGAAAUGCUUCAGGAAGUAGAGAGAGCAAUUGAGGAGGAGAAACAAAGGAUCAUGAAGGAGACUGAAGAACAGCGAAAGAGGGAGAUGGAGGCUCUAGAGCGUAAGGUUCAAAAUCUUGUGCAUGAAGAACGAGAGAAAAUGAAAAGGCAAUUAGCUAAGGAUCAGGAUGAACAGUAACAUAUCCCA